AUGUCUCUCGCAAAUACCGGUGACAAACGUCUGCGGCCCACUAUCCGAGUACUAGAACGUGCUCAGUAUUACGCAUGUAAAAGGUUUAUGUGUGCUAAACAGAAAACAUCUAAUGUUGCAAUUUUAGGAGACUGUGGUAGAUACCCAUUAUACAUAACAACAUACAAAAGGUCAAUUAAGUACUGGAUGAAAAUUCUUAAAAUGCCCAAUGAUAGAUUAGGUAGUAUGGAUUUAGAAAUUGAGAAAGGAAGAGUACCGACAUUAAGCCAGGUCGUUAAAGCCAACAAAUCAAGACCGCCUGUAUCAGAUGCACAUGUCCAGAAUCACUUCAUACAAUCUCAGCCAGAGAAUGGACUAGAGGAGAGAUCAGAAGAAUUCCUGGCCAUUAGAACAGACUGUGACAUAUCAUUCGACAGUAUUUCACCAGAAAGUGCAAGCAGCAUAGAUUGUAUAGAAACAAAUGAGUCCAAAGAGCCAGAACAAAGUUUGGAGAGUGUUCCUGCUGAAAAAAGUUAUCAGCUAUAUGAAAGUGGAGGGGAAAGGGCAAAGCUGGAUUCUGGGUUUAGUUCCCAGUCAGAGGUGGUCUCCAUAAGUUCAAAUUCAACAUUUGAUAGGCCCGAAGUCUUGGUCAGUCCUGCAAAAAGAAGGUACAGACUAAGUCAAGAGGGAGGUAGGAAAAAGGUUGGCUCACAGAAAAAUGGUCCUGGUCCUGGAAAGGAAGAUAGCGGAUUACGGCUUGUGCAAAGACAAGCACCAUACAUAAAACCAUACCCAAAAUGGAUGAACAUUCCAUUGAGAGAAGUUUUAGAACAGCAAGGCUACUAUGUGGAUUUCAAUGGAAAAAAACACCUUUUGCAAGUCAAAUUAGUGCCAAUAGAGAACGAAUCUGAAACAACACUGCAAAAGGAACUUAGUGCAAACACUGAAAGUGAUCCAGAUGUAGUAAAUGAAAUUUUCAAUGAAGGGUCAAUUGACAGGCCUCCAGAUGCAAGCCUCAGUCUCGAGCAGGGUCGUGAUCAAACUUCGGCUGUGUAUCCAGUUGCUAGUACACAGCCGUCUACAAAUUCCCAUUACAAUGAUGGCAACAUUUUCCCUAAUCCGGGCAACCAGGCUGCAUUGACAGGAAUUGUCUCUGCUCCAAAUAUCUAUGGAAAGGCACCUGACCAGCCUCUAGAUUUAACAAUUGAGAAACCAUUAGAUCUUUCCAAGAAGGAAAAAUCAAGUAACAGUCUUCAAGAAGACAAUUCUUUUCCAGUGCAGGGAAAUGAAGAAGUGAAUAGUUUUGAUCCAAGUCAUAUGGACAGUGCUUCAAUGAACGUGCGAGCAGAGACUGAUAUCACUGAAUAUCGUAGCCGGUGUCCAUCAGCGGCAAGUGUUUAUGAAAGAGAGUCAGGUGAUGAACCUUAUGACACUGACUUUAUAUCCGAUCAGAGUCAAAAUUAUUCGGAACAAAACAGUGUUUCUGAUGGUAAUUUGCCAAGCCUAGGAAGGCUUACAUUAGAAUGUAACAGCAAGUCACAAAAUUUCGCAAUUCAAGAUUCAUCUGUAAAGCAAGAAAUAGAAACUACUGUCAGCAGUCAGAGAACAACUCAGAGACGUCAGCAACAUAUUAGAGAUUUAAUUCCCGGUGGACAGGUUAGUCUUCAACAGCUAGUAGAAUUGUAUUGUCGGUAUCAGCUUCAGAAGUCUGCAAAUGUUCCAGUGCACACAUCACACCUAGCUUCAGUCAAACAUGAAGUGAACCCCACCCAACAGCAACAAUUACAACCGCAUGUAGUCCUUCCCCAGGUUGAUAAUGCUGAAGGUGAACAAGAUAUUCCCACGCCGGCUAUGCCAAAUCUUUGUAGUUUAGAGUUAGCAAAUACUGAAGGCGGUAUCUUUGAGACGGAACAGGAGCGUGUCAGGAACAAUUUAAAAAAGAAGCUAAAGCAGAAACAAAAUAUGUAGGAGUGUUAGAAUUUAGUCCAUAUUGGACUGUUUGUGUAGGAUGGAUCUGACUGUGCAUUCGUGUAUUUGUUCAAUUAUAAUAUCUUUGCAGUGACAUUUCUUCUAAAGAAAUGAAACCAUACAGAAUUUGUUCAAUUUCUGGCAUUAAACAGAACAGAAGACAAUAUUUUAUGACACAAAAUUUACUAUAAAAAUGUAACCUGGUAACAUUAAGGUAUAAAAAAAUUGCCACUUAUCCAGUCUAAAAGUGAUUCUUUAUUAGAAUUGUUUAUAAGACAUAAUUUAUAUCACCAAGUGCUCACUUAAUAUUUAUUGAAUAUUUUCGCAAAUACAGUGGAACCUGUCUAUAAAGACCACCCUUGGAAGAGCCAAAAUGUGGUCUUUAUUGGGAGUUGGUCUUUAUUCACAGGUUAAAAUACACAGUUAAUGUUAAAAUGGGAAACAUGACAUGUAGUGUUUAGAACCAGGUGGUCGCUGUUCAGAGGUGGUCUUUAACACAUGUUCGACUUACUGGAUUUUUACAUAAUAUAAAGUGUCAGACUGUACAAAGUUGUGCUCUUGACAUCCAACUAAAAUUGUUAACAGACCUUAGCCUGAAGGCAUUGCAAGUCUACGCUACACUGUGUAUGUCACAGAGUAAGUGGAAGCAUUUGAACAGGAAGCCCUCUACAUCUUGCUUUAUCAUCCAAAUUCUUUUGCCUAUUGAAAAUACAGAAUGAAACUCAGCUUUUUUCGAGCUCUUGCCUACAGGGCAAGUUAAUCUGUAUUUUUACUAGCCACAAGUGCAUUUUGUGUUGCACAGAUGUUGCACUGUGAUGUAUAUAAAUUAUGAGCAGAAGUUAUUUUGUUAUUGUUCAUGUCCAGUGAUACCUUUUAUAAAAUGGGAGAAACUAUUACUUGAAAAUGAAUAAUGGUUUUUCACUUGCUUCAGGCCAAUCUUCUGAUUGAAACAACUUUAUAUUGAAGUCGCUUGUCUUAGGCAGUUGGCAAUUGUUAAUGAUGAGUCAUGCAGGCAUACAUUAUAAUAAUAUACCUUUGCUAAAUAUUGAAAGCAAAGCUGUUGUACAGGAUAUAAGUAUUGAGACCACACUUAUUAUUCAGUUUACCAAUUAUUAGGAUAUUGUUGUGUAUAAUGAAGCUUUAAAAUUGCCAUUUGACUUUUGUUGUGAUUUCUCAUUUCUGAACUUUUUAUACGCCCGUUUGAAAAAC